AUGACCCCCGCGACCAACCGAUUCGUGCCGCGAUACUCCACUUCGCAACACGACGAACUCUUUGGCUACCUCUUGCCGCUUCGUCCAUCUGUUGCCGCUUUCCGCAUUGAACUCGAGAGGAUUCGACCCGUCAACAACAUCGGACGCGACGAUACCAACGACACUAGGCUUGAGGCGCUGUACGUGAGCGGUAGGCACUGCAAGAUCGAGUGGCAGCCGACUGUGGGCCAAGUAUGGAUCACGGACCUUUCCUCCAGGAACGGUGUAUUCCUCAACGGUGAAAGAAUCCCUGCAGAUGUGCCUCAGCAGCUCCACGAUGGAUCUAUGGUUGCCUUCGGCGAUCCGGAGGAGAACAUGCAACACCCGGACCAUGAUUACAGAUACCGGUUCUUCCAGACCGGCAGCACCAAUCCUACGGUGCCCGACAAGACUCAGUCGUUCUUUGCGCGCUAUGAACUGCUCCCGGCGCCGAGUGGAGUGCUCGGCCAAGGGACUUUCGGCGUGGUUUGGAAAGCAAGGCGCCUCACGUCCGGGAAGCUAUAUGCUGUGAAAGACCUUUCUCUUCGCGAUAAUCUAGAGGCUGCCUACAGCCGCAUGCAGAAGAGAAGGUCACAGGAAAGCAGUACGGCGUCCGGAAUGACAACGGAAGAUGUUCAUCGAUUGAUCGACAAGGAGAAGCAAACUUGGGCGAGAACUUGGGCAAUGGACAUUAGCGUUUUACAGCUGUUGCGCCACGAUAACAUUCUCAAAAUACGCGAGGCGCAUAAGUGUCAAGACCACUUCUAUGUCGUGACAGAACUGCAUGACUCGGACCUUCAUUGGUACAUCCAGAGCCAGAAAGGAAUGGCUGAUCCCGACGUUUGGCGGGAUUUCACUCGUCAACUCUGCGAAGGUCUUGCGUACAUGCAUGAUCGGUCAAUCAUCCACUGCGAUAUCAAGCCACGCAAUAUAUUACUGAAGCACACGAGUAAUGAUUCUCUGCCGCGUGUCCGAAUCGGCGACUUCGGUACAUGCGUAAUAGAUGACGGCGAGGGCACCCUGAACGCGGGUACACCUGGUUAUAUUGCGCCCGAGGUUGCGAGCGGGGCAUAUAGCAACGAAUUCACGGACGCAUGGAGCGUCGGUGUGGUUGUCACCGAAAUGCUCGCCGGCUUCAACCCUUUGGCUCCGCCUUGCGGUGUGGAGUUCCAUUUCUCGAAUCCACAUCCAUACUUUAAGAACCCGCCCUUGGAAAAGGUUGUGGAGGCGUUGACGCCUAGGGAAGGCAGACUGGCGGUAUACUACAGGCUAUCGGACGCCCAAGAUUUUGUGCAGCGCCUGCUGCAGGUCGAUCCCAUCUAA